CCUUAUCAUUGGCCAAGUCCCUCUUCCCUGUCCUUUCGUUGCUUUGUCAGGUCAUGGGAUUGUUGUUCCUCGAAGAAGAGAAGCCUCUUUCCUUGUGCUUCCCCGAAUAAUGCCAUUGGAACUGAAUGCCUUCCCCUCUCCCUUGGCCCCCGUAGCUUUCUCCAGGCCUCGCCAUCAUGGCAUCUCGUCUAUGUUAAUCUUACCCUCAACACACUACUUGAGCCAUGUCUCGCUCUUCAUUGUUUGUGACGUCUCGUAUGCCAGCCCAUUCUGUCACAGGUUUUCCCAAGCUAUCUUUUCUAGAUCAUCGUCCAGAGAGCUGCUAUUAUCAUUCUCAAUUGUCGUCAUUGCUCCCUCUAUUCGACGUUGGCCAUCUGCGCACUACUCUGUCGGCCUUCAAAAACGCAUUCACCCCAAGGCUUUCACCCGCCUUGUCCGUGAUGCACUAUGCAAGAUCCAUCGCAGGACGUCUAUGACGAAUCAGAACAAUACUUGGACAAGAUCUACUCAUCGCUCAAUUGGCUCCCAGGCGGCCCAUGGAGCACUCGCGACAAGAAACCUCCACAAAGCCUAGUAGAUAUUGGAUUUCGAGAGCCGAUCAAGGAGCGAGAUGCAAUACACGAGUUCAUCUCCACAGAGCUGAUAGGCCAAGAAACUGCCAGCAAACUGGAAAGACAGAUCAUUACAGCCCUCUCCGAAUCACAAGCAGAAUUCAGAGCCCUCCGUGGGAAGGUUGAUGUGGAGGUAAUUACUAACCUUCUCAGCAACGAGCCAUCCCUGCCCCGCGACGAGCUCUUGUCACUCGUCAAUGGGGCAUAUAAAUAUGCCUUCGUCCGUCAUCCCGAACUCGGUCUCUUUGGAACAGACAGCGAGCCUCCGCACAAUCGCAACGCCGACUUGGAGGAAUACUACAGGCUCUUCAAACAUGUCGAGACUCGUACAUGCAAGAAUGGAGGUGCCGAAGUCUCGUUCAAGAACGUUACGUAUCAAGAUGAUCCCUCCAGCGACACGCAUCAGGCCUACAGGAUUUUCCUACUACCUAUGAUAAACCAAGAAGAUCUCAGCAAUCCCAAGCUUUUGGCACAUCUCAUUCUAAACCGAAUCAAUUGCGAACCCAGUGCCUUUACGUUAGCAGACUGGGAAGCACUUCAUCUCGGUCGAGCCAGCAAGCUGUUUCUGCCCAAAUUUGCCGACGACCGGUUCAUUGGGCUUCUCACUCCAUCAGAAGUCCAGCGGUGCCAACAGACGGAACGAAGCACCCCGUAUUCCUACUUCAUGAACGACUAUAUACUGAUCUGCUCUUCUGCCGAAAAAGACUGUGAACAAGACUCGCUGUUCACGGAAUUACGCGAGAAAGGUCGCCUUUUUGGCUGGGCCGACGGUAUUCAUCUCCUCCUUGCCCAAGCCCUGCUUUACCGAGUCUUGUGCGGUGUCACCAAAGCAAUAGCACUUAAAGGCGGCCAAUCAAAACGAGAAGUAAAUAGUAAGACUAUCGACCCUAGCCGAGUCGCUGCCUGGGAAUCAGCACACCAUCCAAUCGGAAUCUUCGACCUCGUACAAGAGGGAAUAGUCGAGUACGGGUCGUACAUGCCACCGGCCCUUCUCGCUCCGGAAUGGCCUGACGAAUUCAAGUCGAGGUUCAAGCGACAACUAAAGUGGUCAAAAGACCAUCUGUUGAGGCUUCGGAAUGAUCCAUUCUACUUCCAGCAAUGCGUCGAUGAGCAAUUUGAGCAGCACUACGGACUCAUAUCCGAGCUGCCCCAGCCCUACGCCCCCUUUGUACCGAAGAAGGCAGCAAUGGCGGUGCCAUUUCACGGUCGACUCCCUCAUUUCGAGGUACGUGACAUUGAUGCAAAGAAGGGUUUAAUGAACGACAUCAUCAGACGUGUUGUCCAGUGGGCUUUGUACGAGGUUGAAAUGUGGCAAUGCCUGCUCAAUAGACUCGAUGUGUUGUGGGGUCUUGCCGUUGGCAAGGGAGUUUCUCUUCGGUGUUCAAGAGACUCCCAGCGUCUAAACACAAUGGACGACCAACCUGAGUUGAAGGAGGCUUGGAUUGACUUGGGCUUCCACGCACGCUGGUUCGUGGAGCGUCGAAUCGACCACGUCGCUGGCCAUGGUGGUUUGAUUGUCGGCGAAGGGGUCCGGCAUUUGUUUCGUCGAGAUACUACCUGGCCGAGGUUACAGGUAGUCAAGGAGGAUUGGGACCUGCCCAAGGAGUAUACCGGUACCAGGAUCGACUUCACUAUAAGGGCCGCCAAUUCGGCAACACAUGGGGACGCAAUGGACGUUGACAAUGACGGCAUGAACAUGGUUGAACUCGAAAACUUGGAUAGUCCGACCUGGUGGUCGGUCAAGAAUGUCCACGCCGGUCUUGCGAGCAACUUCACCAUUGGAACCAUCGGUCUGCCGAAGCUCAUCCAGGGCUUGCGCACUGAGCUUUAUGCGCGAAAUACAGCAACCGGGGCUCAGACGACAGUCACAAGAGACUGUGAAGCCAUAUACUUGACAGGUCUACUCUGCCACCAGAUGCAACUGGUACGUCCAUUCGGAGGAGAUCUCGUGGAGGCCCGACAUCGCAGUGAGCGGCGCCGCGAAAGCCCAGUGGGCCCAUUUCUCCUUGGCUUUGAUGACGUCCCUUUUGAAAAUCUUGUGGAAGAGCAAACGCUCAGAUACACACAAUGGUUACUCGGGAUCGUCUACAAACCCUUUGGAGAUGAAGAUUACGGCCGCCAUUCGAUGCUAGCCCAGUUGUGGGUGAGAAACUUUUGGCGAGAACUCUGCGAUGGGCUUUCCAGGUCGACCAAGGAGCUGAAGCCCAAGGAAUCUAAGGAGUCGAAUAGGUCAAAGAGGAAGACGAGUCCUGCGGAUGUUGGCGGCGACGGCGUCGUUCUCAAGAGGCAUGGAAGCCAAGGGGGCAGAGUCAGCAAAAACGUCGCGCCGCCAAGGUAUUGUCGACCAACCGGUGUCCAACGAUAUCUCGCUACAUUGAAAUCUCCCGAUGAGGACAUUGCCCUGAAAUUCGACCGGUACAAUUGCAAGAAGAUCUGCGGGGAGAUUAUGACCGUCGCACCCCCGGGCCAUCAAGAACCUCCAGAAUGGGACCCUUCUCUAGGCGAGCUCGUAGUGGUCCCGGAUCCCGCGAAGAAAGCCGAAAAUGAAAUGGACAAGGUGGGCGUGCUAAGAAAGCCAAUUUGGGGGACCAUACACAGGAUCUGGAGCCACGCUGUCGGGCCCGUCGUCAAGAGGGACGUGUUUGACCUCUUUGGCGCCUUCAAAUUCGCACGUCAGACGGCCGAGGGAUCUCGAGAGAGAUUCACCUGGACUCCCGAAUCCUUACUCCCGGCACCGAAAUCGAAUGGAGAGGAUGGAGAGCCCGAGGCGAGAAGCAUCACGAUUCAUUUGCCGCAUGAUAACAAUAUGAAGAUGAGGGACGACCAGCUUCGAUGGCUUCGAGAAGCAUGCGCCACGGUGAACAUCACGAAAGAGACUAUAGAAGGGGCCUACCAUUGUCAAGGUACCCGUUGAUUUAUUCGGUUUGGAGUUUGAGAAGGAGAAAGGCGGGGCGGGGUCGAAGGCGGCAUUUAGGUUUUCUCUCAUGAUCGUUUGCAAGUCUUUGGGUUGCAGGAGUUACUUGACGCGUAUCUGAUGUGUCUCGAACGUCCUUGGAGUUUAUAUUGUACUGUUAGAAAACUGGAGCUUUC